AACAAAAGAGCAACACUUGCCGUAUUGUCAUGGCAACUAAAGUUUGAAAACAAAGGCAAACCCGUUUGGUGUUCUUCGAGUUCUUCUUCGAGUGUGUAAAUUGUAUCAACUAUAUUAAUUAUAAUAUUAUAAUUUUCGUGAGGAAAUGGAAGACAAGAACAUGGAGGUGAAGAUACACAGUUUAUUCAGAGAGCAGUUGUAUCAUUCAGCAGCAGAAGCAACUAACUCGACUGACAAUUCUGUCAAUACUCUCAACAAAUUUUACCAGGCACUUGCUUUGCUGUUUACUAAUAAAGUCGAAGAUGCUCUCAAUUUACUAACUCCUUUGCAAGCGGAUCCCCUUUUUAAUUUAAGUGCUAUUAUAGCAUCUCUCCAUAUUUACAAGCAUUUCAAAAGCAUAGAUUCUGGUGAAACAAUCACACAACUGGAAGCAGCUCUGAGAAGUGAGAGAAAAAAAGCCAGUGAUAAAUCCCUUUACUAUGCUGCACUUUUCCUUCAUUUGAACAAUCGCCAGGAGAAAGCAAGAGAGUAUGCUGAUAGGGCGUUAAGCAUUAAUUCAGGCUCAAAUAAUAUUGAUGGUAUUAUUCUUAAAGGCUGGAUUGAACUUUUAUCUAAUAGAGACAAGUCUAAAAAGAAAAAUCCUUUGGAAUAUUUUGAAUCAGCUAUUUCAAUUGAUAGUCGUGCUAUAGAAGCCUAUCAAGGAAAAAUUAGAUACCUAAUUCAGUCUGAUAAUGUUUCACAAGCUUUCCCCAUUUUAAACCAAAUGAUCUCCAAUUUCCCUAACAAUCAAGAAUUUCUAGUUGAGAAACUACGCGCUCAUCUCGCUGCAAAAGACUGGGAUGCUGUGGGUGACCUGACAAAGAAAAUAAACAACGUCCCCAAUCCGUUUAUUGUAAAAAUACUCGAGAUACAGAUAUUAGCAACUAUUUGUCAUGACGGUAGUUUUGUGGACGCUACCCCCCUCUUAAAAAAACUUUUUGUGGCACUUGAGAAGUACGAACCGACUAAUGGAGAGCUCUUCGUGAACUCAGCUAGGCUCUUCUCUAGAGUUUGUGGCAGGCACAUUCCCAUUCUGAACGAAUGCCAAGUAUUCGUUGAGAAAGCUAUCAGAUUGGAUGAGAAAAAUGUCAAUUACCUUUUUGAAUUGGCACAGCAACAAGUACUACAAGGUCGCUUCAAAGAUGCUUUGUCUUCUCUUAAAAAGAUUAGCCAAUCGGGUGAAACAUCAAUCGAAGUUAUGUUGCUCAAGAUCCACUGUCUUUUGGAUGAUGAACAGUACGAGGCUGCACAGCAACAAUUAAACAUUGUCGAAGAAUUACACGACAAUGCUUCAUCUCGUACCACCUUUUUGUUGGCCAAAGCCAUGUUGUUGCGUCAGAGAGACCCAACCGAAUCCCUUCAUUUACUGAAACUUGCUUACCAGCUACAAGUAAAGAAUGCUAGCUGUAUUUCGUACGGUGUCGAGUACCUAAACAAUUUAAAUCCCGAUUAUUUACUCUCUGUUGCUGAAGAGUAUUUUCAAUAUCAUGGUCCCGAAGAUUCACCACAGACCUUGCUUGAGUUGUCAGACAUUUUGACUUGUGUAGUCCAGGCGUGUCCCGGUUUACUUCCCGCUCUGUAUCGGUUAGCUAAUGCAAAUUUCAUCGCUGGUGAUUACCGAGCGGCCAGUGCUACUUUACACCACAUUAUUGAUCAUGUCGAUCCAACCUAUAUUGAAGCUUAUUUACUUAUGGCCCAAAUUGGUAUCUAUCAAAAUAAUCUUGCCCAGGCAGCCCAAUAUCUUGAAAUGGGGCUGAGCUAUAACUUUCACGUACGUGAUCAUCCAAGAUACCACCUACUCUUAGCUAAAGUUCAACGCCUAAAGAAGGAUACCGAUGCUUGUCUUUCAAGCAUUCGGAUGGCAAUGAUUUUAAGUGGAAUGAGACCAUCAAGUGCGGGAAUGAAACGUUCCAAAUAUCCGUUCAGUUUAGGAGAAAAGGCAGCCACCUAUUUAGAGCUUUUUCACGUUUUAAUGGAUUCCAAUCAGAAAGAAGACGCUGGCCAAGUCAUUCAAGAAGCUUUACAGGAACUGAAAGGGACAUCACAAGAAGGAGUUGUUAUUUUAGCUCAGGUUGACCACCUUCUUAACGAAGGUGAUAUUGAUGGAGCUUUACUCAAACUGAAAGUUUUGCCAGACUCCCACCCUCAACACCUACAGGCCCGCGAGAAGAUGGCUGAUAUCUACCUGCAUCGACUACAAGAUGAAGCGCUAUACCUUCAAUGUUACCGCGAUAUUGUACGUCAGCUACCAACCGUGCGCAAUCUGACCUUGCUAGGUGAUGCUCACUUGGCGCUGCAUCAAGUGGACCAGGCCGUUUUAGCUUACGAAGAUGCACUAAAACUUGAGCCGCGCAACUUUCAACUCGCUUCGAAAAUAGGAGCAGCUUUAGUCCUGACUCACCAGUAUACAAAAGCGCUGAAUUAUUUUAAGGAUGCCUUGCGCAGCGAUGAUUCAUCUUCUCACCCAGGAUUGAGAAUUGAGUACGCCACGCUUCUUACUCGUCUUGGACAGUUGGACAAAGCAGAAAAGAUCAUCAGCGAAGCUUUACUACCCAAUAUACAACAAGCUAGAGGAGAUCCAGAUAGACUAAUGCAAGAAGUUAAACUCCUGCAACUACUUGCCAAAGUGCAAGAAAAGAGUGGAGACCAAGAAGAAGCUAUUGCCUCACUGCGUAGAUGCCAGAGCAUUAUUGGAUCGUUAGUGAAAAAGGUUGAUCAGUCUGAUCAUCUCAUUGAGCAAAAGAAAAUUGCGUCCACUAUUUCCAUUCAAAUGGCUGGACACGCCCUAUCGGUUGAUCGUGAUACAGACGCGGCCAUCCGGCUUUAUCGUGAGGCAUUAUCAUACUCUCCAGAUGAUGUUCAUUGCAUGGCUCAAUUGGCCAAAGUUUACUUGCAAACCAACGAUGUAGAACACUGUCAGUACAUGUGUAAGUCGUUGCUCAAAAUCGAUCGUGAAAAUGAUCAAGCUCAGAUGAUGGUAGCUCAGAUCGCUCUUCGUAAAAAUGACUUAGAAACCGCAACAUUGCAUUUCCGACAAGCUCUAGAACGACAACCUUGCCAUUACGAAAUGUUGGGUCAGUUCAUCGAUGUCUGUCGGCGCCGUGGAAAUAUAUCAGAUGCAAAUGUAACACUCCGUUCUGCCGAAGUAAACUCAGUUCACGGACAGAAUGAACCAGGACUCAGCUAUUGUAGAGGAUUGUACGAAUUCUAUUCGGGACAAUACAACGUUGCUCUGCUGGCUUUAAACCGAGCAAGAGGACAUGCUGUUUGGGGCCAAUAUGCCAUCCGAAUCAUGCUAGACAUAUGUUUGAAUGGUGACAGCGAAACUCUGGAAAAUGUCACUGAUCUGGAUUCUCAGUACGAAGUCCAAGACACGGAAUUGAUGGCACUGCACACGGCGGCUAAACUACUUCAAGAAUUGUCUAUGGUCGAAGGCGAUGAAUUGCAGACUCACGUAUUGUACCCUAACCUAUAUUUGCUAGCGACGCGACAGAAGACGAAUGUAGAACGCGCGUUGAUAGACUUGACCACGUUUGCUACAAAAAGCAACCAGCAGGAUAAUCCAGGUGUGGUUUUUGGCAUCGCUACCGCACAUUUGCUGCUAAAACAGGCGCAACGUGCUCGAAAUCAGCUCAAGCGCCUCAUCAAAGCUCCGUGGACUUUAGAAGAGGGAGAAUAUUUGGAACGUUGUUGGCUUCUUCUCAGUGACAUUUACAUUCAAGCUGGUCAGAACAAAAUGGAAGUGGCCAACGAACUACUCCGGCGCGUCCUCACCUACAAUCGCUCUUGCGCAAAAGCUUAUGAAUACCUUGGAUACAUAAUGGAGAAAGAACAAUCAUUCCGUGAAGCAGCUGGGCAUUUUGAAAAUGCAUGGAAGAUGUCUGAUCAGAGUAAUGGCAUGGUAGGCUACAAACUGGCCUUGAGCUACCUUAAAGCUAAACAGUAUACUGAUGCUAUCGACAUCAGCCAGUCUGUGUUGACUAAAUAUCCUAAUCAUCCGCGUAUUCGUAAGGAUGUGCUGGAAAAAGCUAUUGCGAAUUUAAGAUCUUAAAAACUUCCCUUUUUUU